UCCUGCGGUCAGUGGUGCCAUCGAACAGUAUCGGAAAAGAGAAACCAUGACCAGGGCUGGUAUCGCGAUCGUCUUAACAUUGACGGUGUCAACCAUCAUUGCAAUACGAGUACCAACAGUAAAUAAUGGCGAAUCUGAUGUACAGUCGGGAGGAAUUGACACAUCUGACAGUACCGUAGCGUCUCGGCAAGCAGGUUACGGUUUGAUCAAAUUCGAAGAUCAACAGAGUCCUAGCCAGAACCAGUUUGGACUUAUUACUUUCGAAAGCCAACCCACGAGACCAUUGAAAUUCGAAGAGAGUAAUUUCAGUAACCAAGGCGUCGCUAAUUUGAACUUCCCUUCUGUUAGUCAAAAUUUACCAAAUAACGUUUUGAAUUACCCUCCAGACAAUUUAAACGACCUGGAUAACAACCCGACAGGAGUGGUUUUCCAAGACAAUAACAAUUUAGAAGCUCAGAAUCAAAGACCUGUAGCACAGAAGCAAAAGAAGAAAAGGAGACGCAGGCGCAGACCCAGACUACAGCACUUCCCCGGACAAGGUUACCCUGGUCUCGGGCCAUUACCAGGAGAAUUUCCUCAGGGAGGAAAUCCCUAUACCAACCCAGGUUAUCCUGGACAGUUUCAGGGGCCUUACCGUCGGCCAAAUCAGUCUCCGGCAUCGCAGGCGCUAACGGCGGUCACGGAAGCAUUGACUUCAAUAGCUCUGUAUGAUGACUACCAGUGCGUGCCUAGGCUGUUGUGCGAAGCUGCUAGCGGCGGCGCCUUGGCCACGGCCGGUGCCUCGCCGGUAUUGCAGUCCAUUGCCAACAUUCAACCACUGCUCACGCUCCUAGCGGCAUACAAUGGCGCUAGCAUCUCACCACUUUUCGUGUUCGGGCGCGCUGUCUUCCUCGGUAUGACUUCAAAAAGUAAUCCAGGCACCUGUCGUUACGCCUACUCGCAGUGCCCCAACGAUCCUGAACAGCUAGUGCACUACCUUAAUAACCACAAUGGAGGCUUUUUCCGUUUCUUCAGCAAUCCACAAUAUCCGAAUGCUCAAUUGGGUCAACAGAACUUAGAACAAUUUUACAAUCAACUAGCUGGUCCGGGACAGUACGGCCUUCAAUCUAAUUUCCCUAAUCAACCAAGUCCACACAAUCAAUACGGCUUGCAGCAGAAUAUCAAUGCCCAAAAUUACGGUAUUUACUCUCCCUAUCCUGUCGAUCAAUUUAAUGGACAGCCUCAACAUAGUGCCUUCCCCGGACAAAUCACAGGGCAACAACAAAAUUAUGGACUGUUCCCAAAUGUUCCCUAUCAAAAUUUAGGCGUCCAACCAUCAAACCUGUACAACGGAUAUAAACAAAAUUACGGUUACGAAUAUUCGUACCAGAAUAAAAACGGUUUGAAUCAAUACAGAACAAACUACAAUGACACUGAAGAGAACAGAGCACAAAAGCGUAUACAGAACAUUAAAUUUUCAAGCCAAGAAACGACAAUUGAAAACUUGGAUUACGAUGAUCGUAAUACGAAGUGGUUAUUCCCAGAUGCUACUAAAAGCACUAAAUUUUACAGUAACGGCGAAGGAAAUAUAAGAGGUGGAAGACAACUGCAAUUUCCCGAAAGAGAUGCAACAAAUGAAAAUGUUAGUAGAAUUGCAAAAGGCUUUUAUUUUCCAGGGGACCAAAGCAACCGACAAUAUUAUGAUUUCUAUAAACCUAUGUUUUCACUGUUUAACAACAAUCCAGACAAUGAUGGACACAAACUGACCAACGUUAGCCAUAACAUUGACCAUAAUGAAGAUGAAUUUGAAAUUAUUUAUAUUGUCCGGGGAGACGGCGACCCUAACAAUCCUGAGAUUCAAAAAGUAAGACAUGGAGGGAAAGUGCUUUAAAAAUAUCAGUGAGAAAAAGUCCGAUUUGUCUAGCAACAUAGUGGCUGACUUAUCUGUAAUGGACGGGAUUUUUUGCUAAAUUUAUGUACUUAUAGCUUAUAGGUACAUAUUGUUAUUUUAUAUUAAAUAAAAACUGUUAUAAUGUAAGGUUGUAAUUAAAUAACUAGACUCAAUUAACAAAAAAGUCAAUUACGACUGAAUUAAUAAAAAAC